AUGGAGAACCUUUCUGUGGAAGAUGUGUUUUCAUUUUUGGAGGAUAGCGAUUUGCAUGAAGUUGCAGUAAUAUUCAAAGGUGAGUGUUUUUAUUUUAAUUUCUUUUCUACUAUAUAUUUGUUCUAUAAUGUAUUAAAAUAUGUGCAUGCUUUCAAAGUGAUUACAAAACCAAAUUUAUAGAGGCUGUAUUUAAACGUUCUAUUUUAUUUGCUUUUGGUAAGUUUAGUGAAGGCAAAAUUGCCCAAAAUGGCUGAGUAAAACAUAUAAUAAUACUAUGAAGGUGUUCUGCAGAACGGAUGGUUAUUAGUUCAAAAUAGAUUGUCCAUUAAUUCAAGUGAGCACUUGUUAAAUCAGGCAAUUGUUAAACAUGGCCAAAUCUCACUUGACCUUUGAAGUUGAAUUCAAUUUGAUGCUAGUGGUAAGGUUAUUUUAGCCCUAGAAUUCAUCAACUAGAGGUAGCAAAUUCAACUGUGGAAUUCUUCAUGGGUAUUUUUAAUGAGGGGUCAAUGUAAAAGUGAAAUUCCUCAGCCUGGGUGAAUUCUGAUUUUCUCAGGGGGUGAAUGUUAAUUAACAGGAUUUCUACAGGGGAUCUCAGCUAUUAGGGCAAGAGUUCUUUUAGGGGUUAUAGUAAAACCCUUGUCUUGAAAGGGGGCAGAUAUUAAACGGGAUACUGUAAACCUCCGACUAUAAACCCUUAUAUUUCUUUCGUGAGCAAUUUUUGAUGGACUUAUACAAGGGGGUGGGGCUUAUAUAUAGGGGGGGCUUAUAUAUUGGGGGCUUAUAUGUGGGGGCUUAUACAUGGGGGGCUUAUACAUGGGGGGGCUUAUACAUGGACUAUCUUUUGUGUUAGUAAUAAACAAGUCGGUGAAUGUUUUUAAAUAUCGUUCUCUGCUAUAUUAAAAGACAAUAUCAUUGUUGAAUACAUAGUGGGCUACUGGGCUUAUAUAUGGUAGCCCAUUUAGAAUGAGACACCUUGAUAAUUUAUUUGUCUGUUUUGCUUUCCACAAAGGCUGGCUUGCAACGGCUGGCAGGCGAACACUAAAAGCCUAGAAAGAGAACCAGAUUUUUUGCAUUAAUUAAGGCAUAAUUAUAGCAUUAAUUUGAUAUUGAUAAUCUAUUAAGAUCUUGAAAUAUAGAUAUGUUUAAACUUUGGUAUGAAUGUUCAAAUAAUAAGUAAUAUUUGUUACCUAAUUUUUUUCUUGGCUUUAUAAUGUCAGUGGAGCAAAGGAUGGAAAGGAAAUUUAAAAUUUUAAAAUGCAUUGUAAAUGGACCAAAUAUAUACUGUAGUUUAGUAUAAUUAUUCUUAUUUUCAAUUAGCACUUUAAAUGUUAAUAGUCUGUUUGAAAUAUACAUAAGGAAUAUUCUUAUGUGUUGUACACAAUUAUGUUCAGAAAAUGAUAUUGAUGGUGUAGCAUUGGAGGAAAUGUUGAAAGAAGAACCCCAAAACUCAAUAAAAGAGUUGAUCCCUAAAAUGGGUCCUCGACUAAGAACAUUGAGAGCUGUUGAAAAUAAUGGGAAGCCAAUUGCCCAACAGAAACCAGCGAGAGUAGCCUCACAAGACAGUGAACAUGUUUCAGCAUCAUUCAAGGGGCAGCUGAAAUUAAGGAUGGAUGAUGGACAAUGGAGCAUGGAGAAGAUGGAUGAAAUAGUAUGUAUAGUAAACUACUAUGCUGCAGUAUACCACUUCAAUACACUCAGCUAGAAGUUAUAUGUUUUCUAUAUUUUAUUUGGCAGUCUCAGGCUACUCUGUUUUUCUUUGAUAAAUACAAUAUUGAUUAUACAAUAUUUUGCAUUAUACUGUAUAUACUAAAACUGUCUGUACCAGUGUUGGUAGUACCAAUGUGAAAAUGCUGUGCUGAAUGGUUAUAUUACUACCUAAGAAAAUAAGCAGAAACUCAACGUUUCGAGCGAAGGCCCUUAGUGGCUACUAAUUAACUCUUGACGAAGGGCCUUCGCUCGAAACGUCUAGUUUCUGCUUAUUUUUUAAGGUAGUAAUAUAACCACUCAGCACAAUAUUUUGCAUUGCCUGCCCAGUAAUUAUACUGUACUGUAGCUGCCAUCUUUAUGAAAUGGUCUAUGCAGCAUAUGCACUCUCAUGCAAUUCACUAUAUAGGAAUUGAAAGAACUUGGCAAUGCUGGUGAUGCUAAAGGUAAACUAGAAGAAGCAUCCAAGAUAUAUGGAUUAAAAGACAAGAGCAGGUUACUUACAAAUUAUGAAAAACUGUAA